AUGACUUGGAACAACCUAACAUUUACCUUUAUUGGGUGUAUCGGUACACUGGCCAUAGUUGGAGUGACGUGUUACAUCAAAUCCUGGUUCAUUGAAAUGAAAUUCCGAACUAGACGUAUUCAGUUUGAACCAUCAGUAUUUUACCACACUGGAAAUGCUAAUAUUACAACUAUCCAAAACAUGGAAAACAUGUUGAAUGAGGGGCAAGAGGAAGGUCUGAUAGCUACAGGUUGCCGGGUUCUGGCAGAACGAAACAAAGCGAUGUGUGACGAUGCCUAUUUAGAUCCUCAAACCAGAAACAUUUACAAUGACCUCAACCCGAACAAUGUACACAAAGCAGAGCAAAAUGGAGUCAUUUCUAGAAGUUCAAAGCUCAAGGAGAUCGUGGGACAUAGGGUUAGAGAUCUUCAAAGUGGCGGGGCUGAAAAUAUCUACUGCAGAAUAAUAUUAGGAGAUGAACAGCCACAGCGUGAUGAUUUAGACGAAGAUGAUGAAAAUGACAAUGAUGAAAAUGAAGGUCCCCGGUAUGAACAACCCUGGUCACAGAUGAGGAACUAUGACGGAAACAUGAAAAGUCAUAAAAUCGUCCGAAAAGACGAGGAAGGCCAUGAGAAGAACAUAUAUGAAAGCUGCAAAUGCAGUGUUAGAGAAAACGAAUAUUCUGUUGAAAAAUCAGCUUCUCCUUAUUCUGUAUACGAAAGAGAGUUUAUCCAAGGCACGACUGACCACUCUGAUAACUACACUUGUAUUAACAGGACCAGUGAUGAGACCUACACGUGCAUGAACAAGACCAGUGAAGAGAACUACACGUGUAUUAACAAGACCCGUGAAAAGAACAAUAUAAAAGGUGGCAGCAGUGAACAAGAAGAACAAAAAGACAGAUCGGCGUAAAAUUUUGAGUUCCAUAGGAGUACAGAAUUUACAGAAUAAGCUGUUGCUAUGUUCGUUAGAGGGAGAGAAAAG